AAACAUGUCUGGCCUAAGUGGACCUCUUGUGCUUUUUUGUUUGAUCACCGUUCUCUGUUGGGCAGAUUGUAGCCACUCUCAACAGGAUGAUAUAGCACCCCUUGAAGUGAAAUUUCAUUCUUUGGACUUCAGAAAUGUCUUACACUGGAAACACCCACAUAUGGCUGCCAACAGCCUGAAAUAUUUUGUGCAGUAUAAAAUAUAUGGAGACAAAGAUUGGACUAACUCUGAACACUGUCAAGGCAUCAAAAUGCUCCAGUGUGACUUAAGUCAGGUGACAUCAGAUCCCAGAGAAUGGUACUACGCCAGGGUCUGUUCCCUCUCCCCUAAAGGCCCCUCAUCAUGGGUCAUUAGCCCCAGAUUUCACCCUCAGUGGGAUACCAGUUUCAGCCCACCACGGAUAAAGCCGAGAGUGACAGGACAAAUCAUUUUGGUCCAGAUCAGACCUCCAAGAACUCCACUGCGAGGACAGAGGGGCAAAAGGAUACAAGUGACAAAACUGCAGAAACUGAUAUUCAGGAUAUACCUAACGCACAACGAUGUAGAAGAGGAAGUCCUUGAAACUGACAGUUGUUCAAAGGAGCUUGUGAUCCAGGGGCUGCGUCCCAAAACCACCUACUGCCUCCAUGCUGUGUCCGUAAUUCCUCUCACAGGCCGCAAGAGUUUACGGAGUUCCAGCACCUGUAUCAGCACUCAUUGAGGGCCAGGGAGUCUCCCACAGGGAGAAGAUGCUCCUGGACCAUUGUUAAACACAUACACACACACACUACAAAUUGAAAUGUCUGCAAAUUCUCAAAAAGGUCAUAUUUACUACAAAACCGAUGCCUUGCCUUAGUGUUAGGUAAGGGAUAAUUCACCCAAAAAUUUAAAUUCUGUCAUUAUUUGACCCUCUUGUUCAAAUUCAUGACUUUCGUCCUAGGAAAAAGAAAGAUGUUAGGCAAAAUAAAGUUAGGUGAACUAUCCUUUUAAGGUUAACGACUACUGAAAAUAAAUGCAUGAACAAAUGCAGUGAUGUUUUACAAGGCAGAAAACUGAAAACUUUUUUUUUACCCAAUGCUCCAACAUACCAAAUGUACAACAAAUGAAAGAGAGAUGAUAUAGCACAUGACAGAAGAAUAAAGCUGAAACAAAUCAUGAAAGAAAAUUGUGAGAAGACCAAAACUUAAAUGUUGUAUAAAGGAUUUAUUGGUCACUUGUGUACAGUAAAAUAGUAGAAUUUGAUAUAAAUGCGAUGCUUGUGGGCUCAGCCCUUUUUUUCUUUGAGCCCUCCUGGAGCAAAUCACCAGUUUGGUGAAGCAUCACCAGUCUAUCUCUGAAUAGAACAGCUUUAAACAUUAAAUUGGUCACAUGGGUAAAACAUUGAAUAAAAACAGCUCUCUUUACACAGCGCAGACACUAAAAAGCAAAAACUAUUUGCAGUGCAUGUAUACCAUGUAACAAUUUUUCUAAUCCUUCUUGCACUCCACACAGAAACCAUGUUCCCCAAAACAGUAUGGGCAACUUUAACUUUGGUGAACACAAAAUCUUCUUAUUUCCAAACUCCACAGAAGAUUUUCUGUCUUUCACAGUCCAAAUGAAACGGCUUAUAAUUGUUGAUCUCUGUAGUUUUCCCAUUUCAGGAGAAAUGAUUGUGCUUAUACAAUAACACCAGAUGAAUCCUUCAAAAACAAGCGUCAUAUUAUUGUUCAUCUAAAAAUUAAUGAUCAUUGCAAGACAUAAAAAAGAGGCACCACAAUCUCUCUCGAGUCCACUGAGUCCUAAUGUGCAGUUGUAUAUCUAAACUAGCAAAACAUUAAUCCAGUCCUGGGAUAAAACAAAGUUUCAAUACCUUAAGAUAACAGCAUAAAUGUAAUGAGCAACCAUCUUUACAUGAUUCAAAAUGAAAAACUCCAGUGCUACACUUUAACAAAAUUUGUUCUUCAAAACACAUCACCACACGAUGGUUGUUGCUGAACAGGAGAAAAUGCUGGACAGUGUGAAAACCUGACACUUUAUGAAAAAGCACAUUUACUCUGAAUUGUAUAUAGUAAAUUACAGCAGAUAAUUACUUGUACCUACUAGAAAAGAUAUUUUCAAUACUGUAUAUGGGUAGUCAUUUCUCAAAUAUCCAUUCCAACAAACGAGUUCUAAUACUUUUCCACUUGACACCAAAUAACCUCAAAAUAACUUUUAAUUUGUUCAGUUAAGCAUUUUUUUUUUUAAAUCAUUCUUCACAUCUUUAAUUCUUUAGGAGGAUCUUUUAAAUGUCACAAACAAAACUGAAAAACAAGAUUCUGUGCUAAAUUUAACAACAGGCAAUGAAAAAAAAACAUUCAGUCUUCUCAACAGUAUAAUGACUGAGAGUACAGUUAAAAUAUAAAGAUUGACAGUCAAAAGACCAUUUUGGAUUUAUGGCUGCAGCCUUAAAUUACUAAGAUACAGUACAGGUAAGAGUUUAACAUGCAAAGAUACAACAAAUCAUGAUUUAACAGUCAAUUACGCUGAUAAACAUUCUAUUUUGAAGUUUUACUGAACCCUUUGCAGUGUAAACUUUAAUAGCAUUCUGGCAUCUGAAUGAAAUUAUUGGUGUAUCAAAAGUGGAAUGUGAUAUUUAACACAUCAGAAUGAUGGAAAUCGUAGCUUAAAUACUCUUUUCAAUAUUGUUUUCAUUCACUUUUCAUUAAAUGGCAGUAGAAUAACAAUGUGAUUUCCAUACUGUAUACAAAGUAUUCAAAGACAGUGCCUCCCCCAACUGAGUUGAUCAACAACACUGGAUUCAUGCCUAAAUUAAUUAUAGGAAUGCAACCUAUACUGUAGAUAUACAAAACAGGCAUGUACACUCCUGGCAGACAUAAAUACAUAAAUCUGCAUUAAAUUAAUGGUAAAAAUGUCACAAGGUGCAUGUAAUUCAUCCAGAAAUUCAAUGUGUCAAGUCAAUGAAGUGGGUAUCCAACACAGCGUUAAGAAGACAAUUUCCAUCAAAUAAAGUGGACAACUGCAUGGUUCAGGAAUCAGAUUCAAUGGUUCAGCAAUCAGUUUCAAACAGGUCAUUACAGACAAACCUUCCAAAUGCAAGGUCAUGUAUUUGUGUACGACAAAUGAGCUAUUAUGAUAUGGAAGUGAAUUCUGAGUUGAUCUAUUUGCUGUUUGGAGCAAAACAUCUGUUAAUUAGCUAUGCCAUUUCAUCAGAUCACUAAUAGUAACUCUUUUCCAACAUCUAUAUAAUAUUUAUAUAAACACUGUAGGCCCUGCUCAUGUCUUUCAUGUGAAAUUAUGUGACAGAGACUAAAAUGCCUGAAUACUUUCAAUAUCAGUAGUUUCUAAAAUAAUCUGAGAUAUUGUUCAUCAGGGUAAAAAGUGUAUGAUCCAAGUCCUUGCGUAAAAACGACACACCAGCAAUCCUAAAGAAAAUUCACUGGAAUGUUGAUCAUUCACUUCAAAUAUGUCACUUCAUAUUAAAUUACAUAUAAAAGUUAACAGAAUAUAAAUAAAAAGUACCAUAGAAUAACUCCAGCAGCAAUGGCUCAAAUAUAGAUCAAAGGCCAUGAUGUUAAACUUUUUGAAAAAACAAAACCAAACGCAGACAUAUUAAAGAC